AUGAGCUUCUCGAAGGCGAGGCAUGGAGGCACCGGUGCCCAUGGCGAUGCUAUUGUGGUGAUGGAGACUAGAACAUCUUGGGAAAGGGAUGACCCAACAGCGAUGGGCGACAAUAGAGUAGCUCAGCUAGUUAAUCGACUUCGUUGGAGUGGAGGACGACACCAGAGUGCCCCUGGCAAUAUUUUGCUACACCUUGCUGAACGAAGGAUCCUUCUCACUUCGUCUAAGCAGCUCAGUUCCAUGCAGGUUACAGGCGAUCAUCGACUGCAAUCGAGAAUUGAUUUUCUUGCGACUGCUGGACCUGCUGAUCUGCGCCUUUCUCCACCUUCUAGACAUUGUUCCAGCAUGACUGGGAGGGUGUUGGCUAGUACUGGGAAGGUAUUCUCUCUGCAUUGGACUGUAUUGAACUGCACUAAACUGAAGACUGGUGUGCAACUGGAGGGUCAUUUGUUGGGAUGCUGCUGUGCUGAAUAUGAGUAUUUUGUUCAGACAGAGCAGGAUUUGCUGAGAAUAGUUUCCCAAGCAAAGGCUCAUGAGCUGAACUGUGAGCAAAGGAGCAGCUGUGGUGUGAGAGGAUGCCUGCUUGACUGUGCUGGAGCUAGUUCUGUGCAGCUGUAUGGAUCAGAAGGUGCUAUUGGAUCAGAGGACUACAGGAGCUGCUAUAGUCAUUGUCAGCAUGGUACAAAAGAUUCAGGAUCAAAACAGGACAGCGAACAAACCCCUGGUAUACCCCCUGUAAACCUGAGUAUUCAGCCUACAUCAUUCAUUAGAAAAAACUUUGCUUCACUCUUCAAAAAACCCGCUGCUGUUCCAAUUCCUUCGGUGCCAUCUUCUUCUUCAAAUCCUUCAGGGCACACGGAAUAUCAUCAUUCCUUUUCUCCAUAUCCUUCGGCGGCCAAGGAGAAUCCCAUAUCUUUUUCUUCAAUUCCUCAGGUGCCCACGAAUGGCUUGUUAGCAGUUCAAAUCAUUGUGGAAUCUGACUCUCUCACUCUUGUUCAAAUGGUGAAUGGAUUAGCUGCAGUCCCAUGGAAAUUGCAAUAUUUACUGGAGAGAAUUAAAUUUUUGAUUGGAAUGUUGAAUUUACAAAUUCAUCACAUCUAUAGGGAAACUAAUGGCCUUGCUGAUUUUUUAGCUUCCUUUGCUGUCCAUAACAGAAGAGUUACUGAAUUCUCUGAUGGUAUUGGUUUACCUAAAGCUGGAAGGAUUAUUCUGCAGCAAGAUCAGAGUGGAUUACCUACUGUUAGAUUGAAAAGAAUGGUUUAUGAGCAAAGACAGGGUAUUGGCUGA